GAAACGCCCCUCAAUAACCAAAACAAAAAAGAAAAAAAAAUCAAAAGCAACAUGCUGAUGCACACCACAUCGACCACAUCGACGGCAACGAUGACCAACUCAUCCUCAUCGGCCACGCCCACGCCGGGCUCGACGUCGUCCAACAACAGCGCCACGCUAGAGACGCUGCAGCAGCAGCAGCAACAGCAGCAUCAGCAGCUGCAACAACAACUGCAGCAACUGCAUACAACAAACAAUUCGCGCCCCCCCUCGCGCGCACCCUCCAUACUGGACAGUCCCACGCUGGCGCGUGUGGAACGUGCGCGUCUGCGUCUGGAACAUGAACGCGAACGCGAACGCAGCAGCCAGCGCAGCAGCCAAGGAGGAAGCGGCGGCGGCGGCGGCGGCGGUGGUGGCAGCAGCAGCGGCACAGGCAGCACAGCAACGACCAUGAAUCGUGAGGAUAGCCUGGAGCGCAGCAUACUCGAUCCAAAGAAAGACGCGGCGCCCUGGCAUCAGAUGUGGACGCAUAUGAAACGCCUCUCACACGCCUCAAAAGUCAACUCGACGAGCAGUUUGACAGCACAGAAAACAGACGUGGGCGUUGGCCAUCAUCACCUGACAGCAAACAAUAACACAACAACCAGAACAACAGCAACAACAACAUCAACAAUUAAUGCUGGCUCAGGCAGAGGAACAAUGCCAGGCAAAUGCAUAUUAUUUCCGGAUAAGACGUCCUCAUUGAAAAGUUCCAUGUAUACGCAACAGGUCUACUUCAGGCCCGAUAUGCAAUCGCUGCUGGCGGGUCGCAUACCUGUGGCCUCCAUGACGGGGCCAAUUAAACGCGGACUACUCUUACAGCAACGGGAUCGUCUCUUCUCGCGUUGGAAGGAGAGAUACUUUGUGCUCACCCGCGACUAUUUGCAUUGCUUUCUACGUGCCUCGGGCUCGGCCAAUGAACGUGCCUCGGAUAUGGGACAAUUUAAAUUUAAGAUUAAACUAGUGGACGUGGAGAAGGUGGAAUGGCUGAAUCGACGCUCGUACAGCGUCAUUGGGCUGCUGCUGGGACGCGAGGGCCGCGUGCUCUUGCGCUGCGACGAUGGCCUCGAGGAUUGGUUUGAGCUGCUGGAGGAAUGCACGCUGACAUCCAAGGAACGUCGUCGCGCUCUGAAGAUCGCCCAGGGUCCGAGAUCGCGGGCCUCCCUAGCCGCGCCCGUCUCGCAUGCCUCGCUGCAGUUCCAGCACUUCGGCCUAGGCAGCACCUACUCCAGCGCCCUGGACGAUUGGCUCAUGACGAAUGGCGCCGGCGGCGGCGGUGGCCUGGCGCGUCAUAAAAUCGGCGCUGGCAGCUUGAAUGGUUAUGCGGGCGCCAAUCCAUUUCUGUUCAGCGAUUCGGUGCCGGACUUGAGUGCAUUGAAUAAUGAGAAUCACAAUCAUCAUUUGAGCGGCAUCUCAACGAAUCACUCCACGCCACAGAAGAUACCGCACCACAGCAAUGCGAAUCUGAGUCGCUACUCGAAUGGCUAUGCCUCGGCACAAAAUAGCUUUACGCAGGCUGGUGGCGCUUUGUAUGGCUCGCCACGGCGCAUUUUUAUCAACAGCAGCUUUGGCUCCAAUCAGGUGGUGGACGAGGAGACCGCCGAGGAGGCGGAGGUGCAGCUGCGUCGGCCACGGCUCUUCCGUGGCAUCAGCGCCCAACCGGACAAUGGCAACGAGCUGGACAGAGAUUGGCUCUAUCGCAAACCGCGUGCGCCCACCGAUAUGCGGCACUCAGUGCAACCAAUGCUGCCCACUCACAACACGAACGGCGGCAGCAAUGCUGGCCUGGCCAACAAACAGGAGCUGGACUGCUCGGCACAUGAUAGCGGCCUGGAUACGCCGCCGUCGACACAUCGUCCCUCGAGCUAUCGGGAGGCAGCGAGUCGUGAUAGCACCGAAACCAAUGGCAGCUCUUCGCGUGGCACACUGCUGAACAACUCGCCAGGUGGAAGCUUUCGCGCCAAGAAGUUGAGCGCCCAGGUAAACAAUCUGAACCAGCUGAACUCCUUGCACGGCUCGCGCUACUCGGUGCAGGAUCAGCGCAUAUUGAAGAUGCGCAACAACGAAGAGGAGCGCUGCGCCUCCAUCAAGCUGGCUAAUCGCCUGAAUCACAAUCAUGAUCAGAACACCACCGCCUAUGAUCCCAAUCAGAAUCGUUACUAUAAGAAUGGUAAUGCCACGCCCCCGAUUUCAUUAACGCCCCAACAUACGCCACAGCACAAAAUGAUGCACCAUGGCAAUGGCAACGGCAACGGUACGCUCAACGGCAAUGGCAGCUCCGGCAUGAACGGAUCUGCUAUAUUCCGGGAGCGCUAUCAACAUCCGGCACUGGCGGCCAUCAUCAACGAAGCGCAGGGCUUGAAGUUUCGAGAAGAAACGGAAAAUAUUUGGUAAAUAAAAAAAAUGUGCAUGCAGCAACCCUACAAAAAUACCCAACAAGCAUGGCAAAUCAAUAGUACCAAAUGAUAUAAAUAUGUAUAUAUAUAUAUAUAAGUAUAUGUAUGUAUAUGUGUAUAUAUGUAUAUGGACAUGUAUCUGAUAGAUAUAUAUGCCACCUUUUUAUAGAACGUGCCUAUUCGGAUAGCCAGCAACGUCGUCUGAACAACAACAACAAUGGGCCAACACCGGUGCCUGCCUCACCGUUGGCCCAGAGACGCAACAACGUCCCCAUAUUUGGAACACCCACGCGCGUAUAGCGGUUAAAAG